AAUGCACCAAAAGGGCGAAUUCAAACCUGGCCUGUUCUUAUUGGCAGAGGCUAUCAUCUUCGUCUCCUUGGUGGUUAGACCAUCUCGCUACCGUUGGAUACUCUUCGUCCCCAUAUCAUCGAUCUGCGUCUACCUCGUUCUCUUCACCACAUGCGAGAGAAAUGCAGUCAACAACAUAGUGGCAUGCAACCUAUUCAUCCUGAUUUUCACUUCCUUGGACCUAGUCGUCCUCACCGACGUUCAGAACGAGCUUCGCCUUAUCGGGCAGAAGACGCCCAUCAGUACAGCGUCGCUUAGCAGCCGCUUCUGGUGGGCACUUCGACUGUUACACAGCCCGCGAGGUAUAGGAUGGGCACACGAACCAACGGCUCACAUCCGUCCGCACCCAACCACGUCACGCGCCCGAUUCCUCCUGGAUCAACUACUUCGGACAGUCAAGUACAUCCUUAUCUUUGACGUCGCUAGAGUACUCUCCUUUUCGAACCCAUACUUUCAGAAGGGAGGACUAUCUUUGACGGACGCCGGAUGGGUAUGGAGAUCAACGGUGCUCGCGCAUGUCGUAACUUCGUACACAAGCUUGAGUGUGAUCUAUACCGUCUACAGCAUCGUGUCAGUCGCCUUGGGACUGACCGCGCCAGGGGAUUGGCCACAUUUAUUUGGCUACGUAGGAGAUGCGUACACCGUCCGUCGUUCCUGGGGUCGCGUUUGGCACCAGCUUCUGAGAAGGUUCCUCCAAGUCGAGUCCGAUUUCGUCGCAUACAAAAUUGUGGGACUUCCACGGAAGGGCACCUUCACGACCUACUUCAAACUCUUCGUUGCUUUCUCCAUCUCCGGUCUAAUCCAUUAUAUGGGAGAUUAUGCGGUGCUCGGUCACUGGUCCGGCGGCGGCCUGAUUUGCUUCGUCCUUCAGGCGGUAGCCAUCACGUUUGAGGACGCCGUCAUCGAAAUCGCCUCGAAAUUCGGUUUCGCUCAACCGACUCCGAUGAAGAAAUUUUUGGGGUACAUCUGGGUAGCCGCAUGGUUCACCUACUCUUUGCCUAUCUGGACAGCUCCACAUCUGACAGCUGGAUUCUUGGAAGACGAUGUCCAAUUCAGUCCUAUUAUGGGACUGUCCCGCGGGGAAUGGUACCCGAAACCUGAUCCCGUCAAUGUUCUCAGUACAGCUUUGUCGAAGAUUAUCUCCGUCACAUAAGCAAUUUGUCGACGACUUGCUUUGACCAUAGACAGAGAUUUGUAGGGUAUCGUGUAAGCAUGUGGUUAGAAUAAUUCUUCUGUAUGUAUGUAGAGAGAGGAGAAAAGCGGCCGAGGAAAGAGUUCC